AUGUCUCCAAACAAAGCACCUAGCCACGGCCAGAAGGUGACUCUCGGCGAGAAUGCUCCCGUGACCCGCGAAGGCCCAGGUGCUGUUCAUGCAAGUUCAUUGGCUGCCGAGUCUCAAGCAUUUCAAGCUGGUAAUGAGGCCGCCGCCUCGCAGUCCUCGCGUGAGAAUGUUGCAUCCGCUUCAAAACCCCACGAGGGCCGAAGCUAUGCCCAGGCGGGCACCGGCACUGAAGCCAAGCAUGUCCCCCAGGCACCUAGCUACGUCCACAGCCAAUACGACCGGGCCCACUCAAGACCCCACGGCAAGAACAUCACGGAGGACAACAGCAUCGGCGACGAUGAGGCGAAGAAUGCAAGUUUCACCGAGUUCGGCACUGCAGCUGACCCCAGCCACUUGGCGGAGGAGAGGAUCAUUGCCGUUGACAGUACUCCUGCCAACCUCACAGGCACCCGGCAGAAGCAUAUUGAUGGAAAAACUAUUUACGACUCCCUUGGCUCUGAUCAACAGGCGUGA